CCAGGGGAGGUGCCAUGUGACUUCUGCCUUGGCAUCAAGUUCAAAGCCUACAAAACAUGUUUGGUUUGUUUGGCCUCUUAUUGUGAAACACACCUGGAGCCUCAUCAGAGAGUUGCUGCCUUAAAUAGACACAAACUGACUGAUCCUGUGCAGAACCUGGAGAACAAGAUUUGCAAGAAACAUAAUUGGAUUUUAGAGCUCUUCUGCAGGAAUGACCUGACUCGGGUUUGUGUCCUGUGUACAGAACAUAGCACUCAUGAUACAGUCCCAUUAAAGGAGGAGUAUGAAAAGAAGAAGGCACAGCUAGAGCAGAAAAAGGUGGAAGUACAGGUGAUGAUACAAGAGCGACAAAAGAAGGUUCAGGAGAUAAAAGAAGUAGUGGACACCAAGAGGAAUGACAAAGAUGAAGCCCUAGCAAAUACUGUUCAGGUCUUCAGUACUUUGGUAGCCUCGGUUCAAAGCAGCAUGACUGGGCUGAUGAGUGUGAUUGAAGAGAAACAGAAAGCAGCAGAAAGACAGGCUGAGGUGCUGGUCAAAGAGCUGGAGAGGGAAAUCAAUGAGCUCCAGGGGAGCAGCACUAAACUGGAGCAGAUCUCACGCACUGAAGACCACCUUCAGUUCAUCAAGAGCUUCCUGUCCUCCUCCUCCUCCUUUCCACACACCAAGAACUGGUCUGACAUCGGUAUCAGUGGUCAGCACUGUGUGGAGGACCUGAAGAGAGCUAUGGUGAAGCUGGAUGUGACGCUCACCAAAGAGACGGAGCGAGCUACUCAAGAAUUCAGGGCGUGCUGUGGUAAAAUCCUUGCUGAAGAAACUGACACAGUGAAGAAAGCUGCACUAACAGUCACAGAUCUAGAGACUCUACCUAAAGGUGUCAAGUUGGACGCAAUCCGGCAGCAGUAUGCAGUGGACAUGACCUUUGACCCAUGCACUGCGAACGAUCUGCUCCUGUUUUCAGAGGAUUUAAAACAAGUGCGAACUUCUCACCUUUGGUGGUUUGCAGAUGAAGUCCCACACAAAUUUAACAGAUAUGCCUACGUCCUGGGAAAAAAGGGCUUUUCUGAAGGGAGAUUCUACUUUGAGGUUGAGGCCACAAGGAAGACUGGCUGGGAUUUAGGAGUAGUCAGAGAGUCAACGCGUGGAAAGAAGGCACCCACACCAAACCCCAGGAAUGGAGUCUGGAUCAUUAGAUUGAGGAACAACACCAAAUGCACGGCUUUAAAUAACACCACUGUCAACCUCUCCUUGAGAAAG